AUGUCGAAUCAAGAAGAGAUAACGACUGAUUUCAAGGCGAACAAGACGUGGAGAAUCAUGAAAAACGUAGUCGUUAUCAGCUUAGCUUUCAUGGUUCAUUUCACAGCGUAUAGUGGCGCAGCAAAUUUACAAAGCUCUAUCAAUGCAGAAGCUGGUUUGGGUACAGCCUCCUUAGCCGCAGUAUAUGCGGGAUUGAUUUUCUCAAGUAUUUUUCUGCCCACUAUCGUUAUCAAAUGGUUGGGCACGAAAUGGGCGAUGGUAUUGUCAUUCUUGUCUUACAUGCCAUACAUCGCUGUACAGCUGCUGCCACGCUUCUGGACCUUGAUCCCCGCUGGCCUCAUCCUAGGCCUCGGUGGGGGUCCACUGUGGUGCUCCAAAUGUACUUAUUUGUCCGUGGUUGCAGAGGCUCAUAGCAAGAUUUCUAACAUUCCAGCCGAAGCCUUGUUCAGUCGUUUCCUUGGAGUAUUUUUUAUGAUCUUCCAGCUGAAUCAAGUAUGGGGAAACCUCAUUUCGUCCCUGGUUUUAUCAUCGGGAGACAACAAAGCUGCAGUAACUGCUUUAAACGAGACUCAGAUUUCAGAGUUUUGUGGAGCUAACUUUUUACCUAGCGCGGAUGCUGGUGAUGCUUUGCAAACUCAACCGCCUGAGAGGAUUCAAAUGAUAGCUGGUAUAUACUUAGCGUGUAUGGCUGGUGCUGCACUCAUUGUUGCAGUCGGAGUGGAUUCUAUGAAAAGGUACGACAAUAGACGCUCUGGGUCCAGCUCUGGUCUAUCCAGCAUCGCGCUUCUUUCUGUCACAAUUAAGCUGUUGAUAGAGCCGAAUCAAUUGAUGCUUAUCAUUAUAAACGUGUUCAUCGGCCUACAACAAGCAUUCUUUGGAGCAGAUUUUACAGCUAACCAGAUGCAGGCUGUAUCCAUCGGCUCCCUGCUCGUCUCAUCAGUUUAUUACUUCAUACUAUCGGGAAUGCCCUACAAAUCGCUUGCUGGUAUGAUGCUGCCAGUUGCCAGUUUCAAAGUUUAG